UAGGGUGUUUUUAGUUUUCUGAGUGACAUUUUCAUUUUCAUUUUGAAUAAAAGGAGUAGAAAAAAGUCUCCUUAUUUAAUUUUUAUUUUAUUUGAUAAGUUCUCUCUCUAAACGGAAAAGAAAUUCUUCCAUUAAUAAAUUUACACGAAAAAAAACAGUACAAAUUGUUUAAAACUCAGCACAUCCAUUAAAGAAGAAUUUAAAAAAAGAAAAAAAGAUGUCAACAGGAAGACCAAUUAAGUGCGUUGUCGUCGGUGAUGGCACAGUUGGAAAGACAUGCAUGUUAAUAUCAUACACAACUGAUAGUUUUCCAGGGGAAUACGUGCCUACAGUAUUCGAUAAUUACUCAGCACCAAUGCAAGUUGACACAAUUCAAGUGUCACUUGGAUUAUGGGAUACUGCAGGCCAAGAGGAUUACGACAGAUUGAGACCAUUGUCAUAUCCACAAACGGACGUUUUUCUGAUAUGUUUUAGUGUGGCUAGCCCGUCAUCGUUUGAAAAUGUCACGUCGAAAUGGUAUCCGGAAAUAAAACAUCACUGUCCGGAUGCGCCUAUCAUUUUAGUUGGUACAAAAAUUGAUUUGCGAGACGAUAGAGAAACACUAAGUGGUUUGGCUGAACAAGGACUAUCACCAUUAAAAAGGGAACAAGGCCAAAAAUUAGCUAACAAAAUCAGGGCUGUGAAAUAUAUGGAAUGUUCGGCAUUAACUCAACGAGGACUAAAACAGGUCUUUGAAGAAGCAGUACGAGCAGUUCUUAGACCCGAACCACAAAAACGACGUCAGCGAAAGUGUAUAGUUAUACAGUUUUAGUACCAAAGUUAAAGAUUAUACAAAAUAUGUGAACGAGCUAAAAGAAAAAAUAAUCAGAUUUAAAUCUCAACACGGCGAGAAGGAAGAAAACAAAAAAGUACACCUUGCGUGUUGAAAUUAGAUUUAUCUAGUCAAUUGAAUUGAAAAUGUGAAAAUACAAAAAGAAUAACAUGAAUAAAACUCAUGUGAAAGAGAGAAAAAUAGUUACCUAAUGACGGAUCAUAAUACGAGUAUAAUAUGUAAAGAAAAGAAAAAAAAGAAAAACUAAAAUUUGAGACAUGGAAAUCUCUGAAAGAAUACAGUAUAAAAUUUAAAGCAGCUAAAUAGUAUUACAUCAUUUUAAUUAAUAAUAUGAUUUUUUAUUAUUUUUUAAUUUAAAAAUAUGUAUUAAUAUUUUUGUCACUAAAAUUUUUUAAUUAUGUUCUUAUAACAAAAUCACUUUAUUACAUAUUAACUAUCAUUAUGUCUGUUUCGGAAUUUAGAUAAUAAGGAUAUAUAACUCAUAGGAUAGGGUGCUCGAACCUACUUUUUGAAUUUUAGAGUUUUAUGUAUAGAAAAUUAUGUAUUAUUUUCGACUAUUUUCUGACUAUUUUCAUGAAGUCUUAACUUUUUUUAUUAAUGCAACCAUUCUAAAGAUAUUCGAGGUCGAAGUUAAAAAAAAAUUAUAAAAACAUUUUUACUUUUCAACAUUUUCUAAUUCAUUAUUUUAAAUUUAGCAAGAUAUAUUCUUGUAGGGACUAAAACGUUCUACAAAAAAUUCCUUGGCAUCAAAUUGAUUGCUUUAACCGUUUAGAAGAUAAUCGAAGUUUUGAUAAGUACAAAAUGUUUUUAUAAUUUUUUUUAAUUUUGCCCCGAAUAUCUUUAGAAUGGUUAGAUUAUUUUUUCAAUUUGUUACAAAAUUAAGAACAAAAAACGAAUUUUAAAAGAUUUUCUCGAUUUUUGGACCUCAAAUAUCUAUUAAACGGUUAGAUAAACGAAAAAAGUGUAGCAGGCCUUUUUUGUAGAGCGUUCAAUUUCCUACAAAAAUAUGUAAAGCAAUUGACUUAAAAGUCGAUUUUAGUAGAAGCUUGAUGUAAAAAUGGAAAAUUGCGAAGCGGAUCACCUUCCCAUUAAUAUAAAGAGCUCAUAUUUGGUGUGUAUACUCUAGAGGUGCCUAGCAAUCGAUUUUUCGGAGUACAAAAUUAAAAAAAGAAUUUCGAUUUUUUUACCCACUCUAAUACACACAUUCCUUUUUACCGGCUUCCAAAAAGAAGGAGGUAUUCAAUACCUCAUAACUUUGGACUGAGUGAACCAAAUUUGAUAAUUCUUUUUUUUUAUUGGAAAGCUGGGGCCUGCAGUGUGGUCCCAUUUUAAUUUCGUUCAGUUCUGGCUAUAGAAACUAUGAGAAAAACCAUAAAACCCUCCUUCAAUUUUCAAAUUCAUUUGUUCGAAAAAACAUAAAGGACGCAUAGAAACUCAUGCUUAAAACCAAAAUUUUAAUUAAUUCAUCUGUGUGAAAGAGAUUACCGUACAUUUUGCACGUGAACUACUUCAUCGCUCGUGAAGCAAAACUCUCCACUUUUUUUCUCCACCAAGGUUCACAGGAACGUUCACGGGUAUGGAUUCACGACUCGCUUCACAAGUAUAUACUAGGCUUUAAGCCAAUCAAGUCGUGAAUCCAUACAAUUUUUUUUCUUCAGUUCCAGUGAACCUUCGUGGAGAAAAAAAAUUGAAGAGUUUUUCUUCACGACCGGUGAAGUAGUUCAUGUACAAAAUGUUCUUCCUGGAAUCUCCUCCUAUAUAUUUUUUCGAACAAAUAAAUUUGAAAAUCGCAAAAUAAGUCUUUGAAUGCUUUCCAAAUGGAAUGUAUGCAUGAAUUUCUUUCAUUGGGAGCGUGUUCAUGACUUAAUUAAACAUUAAUUGUGUAUAAGCGAUGAAUGUCAAAUGUUCACAAGUGGAGAUGUUUUCUCAACUCAAAUUUUCGUUUAUUUAACAAGCUCUUGGGUAUUGAACCCGGAAGCCCAGUUAAAAGAUUGGUUGGCUUGGAUCUAAAAGUUAACUGCUCCCUUGUUAUCCGCUGAAACUAUGGGCUCAUACAGUAUAUUCAUAGUACAAAGGUACCGAGGUUCGGGUGAGGUCAGAAGGAGUGUUUUCAUAAAUUUCGGAAAUCUGCGUUAGUGAAAACGUCUUUCUGCUUUGUUACAUUAAUGAACACACCAAUUCUGCAGAAUGUUAGCAGACCUGCGUAGGUACAAUUUUCAAAAGUCACUGAAUGUUCAUACAAAUCGGUCACUGAAUGCCACGGAAUCAGUUUUGUUUAAAAGGGUUGAACAAAAAAAUAUUUCCCUUUUCAGUUCCCGAAAAUAUUGUUUUUAAAAUCGUUCAACCGUUUGGGUGGCGCAAAAAAUUGUUGACAUGCUGGCAAUGGCUAUUCGUCAACACUCUCAGUUAAGUGUGAACGUGUUUACGUUCACGUUGAAUAUCAGUGAAAUGUCAUUUUUGAAUUCAACUGCCAUUUUACUGUCAACAAGAUGGAACAUUCUUUGAUCUCUACCGAUUUCGAUCGGGUUGCGUUCGGGUCAACAAAAGUUGAGCAGCGCUAUUGAUCAACACGUCUACAUUUACUCCAAUUCAAAUCAAAUUCCAAGAGUAAAUGUAAAUUAUAACAUUUUUCUGAAGUAAACGCUGAUAAAAUCGUCCAUCUUUUAUCUCUCACUAUGUUUAAGAUGAUAGCGGUGGCUUCACUUGUGAUGAUUUUUUCGCUGGUGCUUAUGUGACUUGCACUCCCUCUGAUAUCCCCGGAUAUCGAUAUUGUCCUUCAUUGUCACGUUACUUUCAUUGAUAAGGGCGAUAUCUAAAUUGUUGUUCUUCAUUGUAGAUCUUUUCCGGCUAUACUAUAAAUUGUUUGCCGUUAGGAAAUAAGGUCUUAGGUCACCAAAUUGCAUUUUUAGUUCUUUAAUUGAGUAAGAAUAAAUCUGAGACAACUGCUUCAAAUAGAAAUUAUGUAAGCGUGUUAAUACUCAAGCAGUUAUUAUAAAUUUCGUGACUUAAGACCUUAUUGCCCAACGGCAAAAAAAUGACAUUGUUCAUCAGUGGAUAUGGGUACUACUUGCUGUAUUGCAUGAAUUUUUAAACUGUGAAAACGUGGAAAUUCAGUUACCAAUAGAAACUUUUCGUUUAUUAAUUUCAUUCAAACUUGAAAUUCAGUUAUUUUUCACACAUUUUCCGAUUUUCCUUUAAACACGAUACCGUUUACUAAAAAAAAAGAAAAAAACGAUAUUAUUUUUGAAAUUUACUUUUAAGCUUAUAUAAACAAAUAAAUACUCAAAUUCUAAUA